CAGGUUGCAAAGAUGUUGGUUGCACCGUCUCUAUUAUUUUUGGUGUUCUUGGUGAGUUUCGGAACCCUGAAUGCAGCGUCCGAAUGCGGCGAAAUUCCCAUCACCGAAUGGAGUGGCACGGAGUCACGUCGUAAACAACCUCUGAAGAGUCCUAUUGACUUGGUGGUGAUACAACACACGGUAUCCAACGAUUGCUUUACAGAUGAAGAGUGUUUGCUAAGCGUAAAUUCUCUACGACAACAUCAUAUGCUUCUGGCUGGGUUCAAGGACUUGGGCUAUUCAUUCGUGGCUGGAGGCAACGGAAAAAUUUAUGAAGGAGCGGGAUGGAACCAUAUCGGUGCUCACACAUUGCACUACAAUAAUAUAUCCAUAGGGAUCGGUUUCAUUGGAGACUUUAGGGAGAAGCUGCCGACCCAGCAGGCACUGCAGGCGGUCCAAGACUUUUUAGCCUGUGGAGUUGAAAAUAACUUAUUGACUGAAGACUACCACGUCGUUGGUCACCAGCAGUUGAUAAACACGCUAAGUCCUGGAGCUGUACUGCAAUCAGAAAUCGAAAGUUGGCCCCAUUGGCUUGAUAAUGCUCGAAAAGUACUGGGUUAAUAUUUUAUUUACACAACGAAUAGAUCGAGUAUUACUAUAAUCGGACUUUAUAUUACAAUGAAUAAAAUUAAUUGAGUAAA